AUGGCUUCAUGUAGUAAAACAAGAAAUCCAUAUCAGUUUUGUAACGAUGAUGAACAAGAUAAAGAUGAAGACGAAUAUCGAAGCAAAAAUAAUUCUGGUUUCUUACAUGAUUAUCCGUCUCACCAUUCUCAUCAUCAUCCUGUUCAUGUUCAAACCAGCAACAAUGGUGUUGUACUUGCUGAAUCCACCAAUGAUCAUCAAUUUCUCACCAACAAUACCACUCAUAAUCAAGUUCAGGAAGGGAGUCAAGUUGUCUUGACUUUGAGAAUAUCGGACUCUCUAAUCAAGCAAUUAGAAUUGGCUUUGACACAAGAAAAGCAACAGAAUAAUCAUCAAGAACUCUUAUCUCAACCACAACCUCCACGGAAUUUGAAGGCUUCUAAUGUUCCUGCCAUCUUUUUGAAAAUUGGCACAUGGAAAUGGGAAUCAAAAAACCCUGGGGAUUUGGUAGUCAAAUUCUACUACAAGAAAAAGAAACUCGUUUGGGAAUUUCUUUUUGGACCAAUGAAGAAGAAGAUCGAGAUAUCAUGGACCCACGUGUCUGCUAUUAAUGCAUACGUGGAUGAAGAUAAAAACGGGCGUCUUGAAAUUGAGUUGGAAAAUCCACCAGAAUACCAUCAAGAAUGUAAGUUCCAGCGACUAAAGCAUACCCGAUGGGAGAAAACCGAUGAUUUUACUCUAGGUCAAGCUCAAUUUACCAGGCGACAUACCGUACUCUUCUCACCAGGAGUCCUCGACGAACACUUUGAGAAGCUUUUACAAUAUGACAACCGCCUACUUAACAUAAGUCGACAACCUUUCCCUAUUAGUAACUCUAUGUUCUUCAACCCAAACAUGGAAUUCUCAUAUAACGAAAGUGUCUAUAGAUGUCCUCCGAUUCCUCUUUCAAGUUAUAAUCAUCAGGAAACAGUCAUACCUUCUGUCGAUCAUCUUAUGCAGCCAACGUCCAGUUCUUAUGUAGGACAUUCUGGCUCCAAUUUACCGAUGCCAGGUCUAACGUUUGCAAAUUCGGGUGAUAUUCCAAGCGAAGUUUCAUACGUCAAUGAAGAAACUAAUGGUGUAGGCGAACAAAGUCCAAACAAUCAAAUUAAGGAGACUCCUUUCCCUCCCAUUAGAGAGCAAGACGAUUAUGAACCAUACGAAGCGCUGGAACCAAUAAUUUCAGAUCAACAACUGCAACUAAACCCAGUUAACAACCAGAACCCUACUCAACUUACCGCCGACUUGAACUGUUUGAACAUUGAUUCAAAUUCCAAAUCCUUCGAACAAAACCAACAUAUGAAUUUGAAUCCUUAUGGUAAUAGGGAGAGUAAUGGGAAUGUUAACCACGUUGGCGAGUUACAUAUCAACCCUGCAGAUGCUUUUACGUUAGACGAUUAUUUAACAGAUGAUUUAAGUACCGGUGAUGACGUGGAAAAUCAGAUGGCUUUAGAUUACGAUUUUUUCAGUUUUGGCGAGCAACAGUUGAAUGAUGUAUUUGGGAUCCAAGAACCAUUUUCUCAGUUAUCUUCUCAACUUAAUGACAACAAUGGUGGUUACGGUGGACUUCCUCUCCAUGGUUCACAACUUAAUGACAACAAUGGUGGUUACGGUGAACUUCCUCUCCAGGGUUCAAAUUCUAUGGGUUGUUCCUUGUUGGAGAAUGACAUUGAAGACAAGAUAUAA